UGGAAACAACUCCAACAUCUUGAUCGCUGCAGAGCACAGAGGCUCAGAGUCUGCGCUCAGAAAACUUUUCAACCUACCAACUUUUUAUUUUCUUGUCUUUUAACCAACACACACGCGCACACGCACGCGCCGCAUCUCUUUCACAAGACUCAACUAUUGAAAAAAACUUGCGCGAUGUCUACGUGAUGGACUGCAGAACAUUACGGCCGAGGAGAAAAGCAUGAAGCAUAUGAGCUGAAAGAAGAAGAAGAAGAAGAAGCACAUUGUUCUGUGUAGGAGAGGGAAAAAAAGUGCCCGCGCGCUGAAGAUUUAAGACCAUGAGUGGAUUUUCGGUUCAGCUUGCAAGCGAGAAGUCGCGAUCUGCUUCUGAUCAGAGCUGAAGUUAAAGUUUGUCCGCGCCGCGAGACUCAAUAUUCCUGCCAUGGAUUCUACAACCAGAACUGCCCCAGAGAAGAAGGAAUGCAAGAGUUCAGGCCUGGAUGCUAGCAGCUUCUCUGACCUUCCCAAGAAGCCCUCACCCACCACGAUGUCACGAGCUCCUCCUCUAUUCCCGACCUUCCACACACCAAUCCCAGUCGACAUGCGCCAUCAUGAGGGUAGAUAUCAUUAUGAGCCAGACUCUCUUCAUGCCAUGCAUGGACCCACCGGAUUAGCUGGAAGUCCAGUGAUCUCUGAUAUAUCUCUGAUCCGAUUGUCCCCUCAUGCUGCAGCAAUGGGCGAGUCCCCAUUCAACCCACCACAUCCUUACGUCAACCCCCACAUGGAACCCUACCUACGCUCAGUUCACAACAGCCCCAUGCUGUCAGUCAUCUCAGCAGCACGAGGCCUCAGCCCAGUGGAUGUGACACAUGAGCAGCUGAAAGAACGAGGUCUUUUUGGCCUUCCUCCUCCUCCUGGGACUAACCCAGCCGACUACUACCAUCUAAUGGCUAAUCACCGCAGCCCCUAUGGAGAGCUGCUCAUGCAGACUGGGGCAGCAGCUGCCGCUGCCGCCGUGCAUCUUCCAGACUACAUGAGCCCUGUGGACAUGUCUCGAUUUCCAAGCCCCAGACUUACACCCAGGCUGAGCCGAAAGCGAGCACUGUCCAUCUCGCCUUUGUCAGAUGCCAGCAUCGACCUGCAGACCAUGAUACGCACCUCUCCCAACUCUCUGGUGGCCUACAUCAAUAACUCACGCUCCAGCUCCACUGCCAGUAGCUCUUAUGGCCACCUCUCAGUUGGAGCUAUCAGUUCCUCUCUUCCCUUACCAUCACCGAUCAGCCCCUCAUUUACAUUCCCCCACCCAAUCACUCAUGCGGCAUACCAGCAGCUUCUGUCCCAGCACCGAGGUCUAAGUGCGUUUGGCCACACACCUCCCCUCCUCCAGCCAUCUCCUUCCUUCAUCAACCGCCAGCAGCCCAGCGGAACUGUCACAGCCCACAGCACCACCACCAGCAGCAGCAGCAGCAGCAGCAGCAACCCUACCACAGAGGCCAACCAGAAUGCAGGAGGUGACUCAGCAGUCAGCAGUACGGUCAAUCCCAUGAUCACCAAGAGGUCAAAAGUGAAGGCAGAGGUGACAUGCCGCAUUUCCCCUUGUUCUCAGGAUCACGUGGAACUGAGAGAGGAGCUGGAUAAGGAUGAGUGCAAGCAGGAGCCUGAGGCAGUGUAUGAGACCAACUGCCACUGGGAGGGUUGCGCUAAAGAAUAUGACACACAGGAGCAGUUGGUGCACCACAUCAAUAAUGAUCAUAUCCAUGGGGAGAAAAAGGAGUUUGUGUGUCGUUGGGAGGAAUGUUCACGAGAGCAGAAGCCUUUUAAAGCCCAGUACAUGCUGGUCGUCCACAUGCGGCGACACACAGGAGAAAAGCCUCAUAAAUGCACUUUUGAAGGCUGCUCUAAAGCGUACUCUCGCCUAGAGAACCUGAAAACCCAUCUGAGGUCUCAUACCGGGGAGAAACCCUAUGUAUGUGAACAUGAAGGUUGCAACAAGGCUUUCUCUAACGCCUCAGACCGAGCAAAGCACCAGAACCGCACACAUUCAAAUGAGAAACCAUAUGUUUGCAAGAUCCCAGGCUGCACAAAGCGUUACACAGACCCUAGCUCUCUCAGAAAACAUGUGAAGACAGUUCAUGGUCCUGAAGCACAUGUCACAAAGAAGCAGCGUGGUGAUGCUCCUACAAAACCCCAUCCACCUAAAGGAAGUGGAGAAAAUGAGACCAAUAUUAAGAAUGCAGGAAGGGAAUCUGAGAGGUCAACUGAAGCCAGCAGCACCAGCAAAGGUGUGGAGGACAGCCUACAAGUCAAGUCCAUUAAGACUGAAAAUACAGUGAUGUAUCAGUCCAGCCCUGGUGGUCAGUCAUCAUGUAGCAGUGAGCGGUCACCACUUGGUAGCACCACCAACAAUGACAGUGGAGUAGAAAUGGCCAUACACAGUGGAGGCAGUUUGGGGGACUUGUGUAAUCUGGAUGAUCCCCCAGUGGUAGAUUCCACAGGUUCUCCAGGGACUUCAGCAGGAGUAGGCCUCCAGCUGCGCAAAAACAGGGGGGUUGUUUUACAUUUUGAUCAUAUAAAGAAGGAAAAGCUGAAGACAGUGAGAGACUCCUGCUCCUGGACAACUUCAACUCCUCACGUCGGAAACACCAAGCUGCCUCCAAUACCAGCUGUCGGUUCUCUUCUGGAAAGUUCAAGUACAGGCUCUCAAAGUAUUGGCAUGCCAGGACAACGCUUUGGAGACUUACCCUUUUGUGAAAUUACAGUAUUGAAUCAGCUGAAGGAACGUAGAGAUAGUACUACGAGCACUGUAAGCUCAGCCUACACACUCAGCCGCAGAUCCUCAGGCAUUUCACCUUGUUACUCCAGCCGGCGCUCCAGUGAGGCCUCACAGUUCGGAGGACGAAACAACAACUUAAGCUCUGCAGGCUCUUACGAUCCUAUCUCUGUCGACCUUUCACGCAGGUCUAGUGAAGCCAGUCAGUGUGGCGGAGGUGCUUUGCCAAGCUUGCUUAGCCUCACCCCAGCCCAGCAUUAUCGGUUGAAAGCAAAAUAUGCAGCAGCCACUGGAGGUGCUCCACCAACACCCCUCCCCAAUAUGGAUCGUAUGAGUCUUAGGACUAGGAUGGCUUUGUACAAUGACUCUCAGGAGAACUCUGCCCAUUUUUUUCAAGCCCGAAAUGUAUCCACCUCGAGACGCUGCAGUGAUAUGAGUUAUGGAGUCCCUGGUAUGAUGCCUCAUGAAAUCCCAAGCAAUAUGCCAAGGAGAGCUAGUGACCCUGUUCGUCGGACAACUAUGGAUCCUCUCUCCCUGCCUCGUGUUCAGCGAUACAAUAGUAUGAGCAGCAUGAACCCUUCUCGUGUCCCUCCACAUGACCAUCAUGGUGUCAACUUGCAAAAUAACACCUUUUCUGAUGGCAGUUUGCAUUGUCAUGCCUUCAGCCAGAGGCCCCCAAGCAUCUCAGAAAAUGUUGUCAUGGAAAACAUGGCCAUGGAUGCAGCUGACCAAACAGAAGAGGACAUGGUGCUUCCAGAUGAUGUAGUGCAAUACCUCAGGUCCCAGCAUGCUGGCUCAACUCAGGAUACUGGUAUGGCCUACAUCAGUGGUCAGCCACAAGUUUUCAAAAGCAACCAGACCUCCCAGCAACACCAGCAGUUUUAUGGGCAACGACGCAUGGCUUUGGUUGAUGCUAAUAUAAAUGACAUAGAGCAAAUAAUGCCCCCCUGCCAAAUUAGCCCAGGUUCCCAGCAGCCUUUUACAGACUCUGAUAGCGGGAAUAAAAAUCACAUGCCUGUGCAAUGGAAUGAAGUCAGCUCAGGUACAGUGGACAACUCAACAAGAUUUACAAAGCAGCAGCUUCUUAGAGGCAACUUGGCAUUGGUCCAGCAAAAGCAGAACACUGGCUCUUAUCAAAGCUUUGGGUCAAGUCAGCAGUCAGCACCAAUCAACCAGAAUUUAGCUGUUACACAGCAGGGUUACUCCCAGAGGAACACUCAGAGGACAAACCCAAUUCAGCACUAUAGACAGCUAUAUUUUAACCCCUGUCAGAACCUCAAUGAGCAAACAAAGGCACGCCAAGGUUAUAAACAGGAAAUCAACAAUAAUCUCUCAUCAGGAAACACCUACCAUGGUCCAGUACGCAAUAACAUGGCAUUGCAAAAUCAAGAAGCGCAGAAUUACAAGUCAGGCUACUUACGUCUGGAAAACCAGCAGAAUAAUAUGCCACUGCCCCAAACAACCCUUCAAAAUGGAAGCAGAGGUUUUCAGCCUAGGCCUCCGCCUGAACCAAAACCUUCAAACAGGCAUCAGUCAAGUACAAGUUUGCCCCAUCAAGCUGGUUAUUCUCUGUCCAGUACAAGCUCUGAUUUCAACACCUCUGAGGCCAGUCCAAAGAGGCCUGCUGCAACUACUCAUCCCUGCGGUGGAGAUAACGCUGUAUGCUAUUCGGGUGAGAUCAAAAUGUUAGACAGCAACAUAGACUAUAACACCUCAAUGUCUCCUUCUGCCAGUCAAGCUGAUUAUACUACAGUGGCUACAAUGGCAUCCCCUGGAAUUAACCAGGUUACUAGCACAGUGGACUCUUCUCAAACUGCUGGUCAUACUCAAAUAGACUUUGAUACCAUGUUGGACGACGGAGAUCAUUCCAGCCUGAUGUCUGGCACUCUGAGCCCUGGACUCUUACAGAGUCUUUCACAGAAUUCCUCACGACUUACUACUCCACGCAACUCUGUGACACUGCCUUCAGUGCCUGCAGGGAUCAGCAAUAUGGCUAUUGGUGAUAUGAGCUCUAUGUUAACUGCCCUUGCAGAAGAAAGUAAAUUUUUAAACCUGAUGGCUUGAGGAUUUAUGCAUUUAACAAAGAGAAAGACAUUCAGCAGGCUGUGUUUGGUGAUAUUUCUAACCUUUUUCAUUGUAUGAAUAACACUAUAGAUAUAUGUGACAACAGACACUUAUGUCCAUUGAGAAUCUAAAUAUGUACAUAUAUUUUAAUGAAAUAAAAGCACUGAUAUAUUAUAGUAAACUUUACAAAAGUUUAGGUUAGCAUUACCAAAUGCCUGCAUUUAGAUUGGAAUGGACAAGGAUGCAGUCAAGAUGACAUAUAUCCAAGUUAGAAAGCCAUAUGUUUCACUUUUAGUGAACCACUUAAUAGCCGUCCAGGGGGAAGGUCUCAGGCAUGCUUAGGAUAAAUUAAAAUGUUCCUUCCUCUACAGUAUACCUAGUAGGGGUCAAUAAGUGCCUUUACAAAAAUAAAAUGACACAUGCAAAAAGUAUUAGUGCUGUCCAAUUGUAUGUAAUCUUGUACUUAGUUACAAUCUUAGAUAUUUGUGCUUCAUUUCUUUUUUUUUUUUUUUUUUUGUUUUCCUUUUUUUUUAUAAUGACUGUAUGUUAUGUGCAUUAAAGCACAGAUUUUUUUAUUAUUAUUGUUAUUAUUACAUUACUGGGCAUGGAUUUCCAAACUUUUUCCUGUUGGAGGUCAGACAAAGAAAACAAUGCAGUCACAGGCCACAAUCUUUCUGUACAAAUAUAAAUAAAUAAACAACAGUCCCACUUGAUCACAACUAACACCUUUCAUUUAUUCAAGAAACUUAUUCAAUGGGUGGAUGAGCAUUUUCUACUGAAUGUUUGACAGCACUGUGUAAAUAAAUAUUGGCAGAUUUCCCGCAUCUAGUAGUCUGGGGCAGUGAUCAUAUCACACUGUACUGAAUAAAAGUAAAAUGCACAUG